CAUUUCAUACAAAUUUACAAAGUUUAAACAUCAAUAAAAAGUGGAAUAUUAAUAAAAAAAAAAUAUUUUAAAAAUCUAAACUCUUAUGUAAAAUCAAUUUUACUUAUGUAAUUGGAAAAAAUGAUUACAUUUCAAAACUUUAUUUAUGUUAUAAACAUAUUGUUAAUUGCAGUUUUAAAUAAUGUCUCAACACAAAAUGAAUGGAUGGAACCGUAUUUUCUAAAUGCAAAUACCGAUGGCAUUUCUUGGAUAACUGCCCAUAACUCUACAGCAAGUGUACAAAAAAUUAAUGUUAAGGAAGAACUGCCUGUUCCAUAUAAAUUGGCUAAAAUAAACUACAAUGGUACCGAUGGAACACCAAUGCUGGGCGCUUUUGACAUUGGUGACAACAGUCUAUUGGGAGCCCAUAUAAAUUUUACAGAUAAUGAAUGGUAUAUAACGAUCGAAAAGCGCCAAGAUUACGAAAAUCCUCUACAGCGGAUAUAUUUUUUUCAAGUUUAUCUUAAAGACCCAAAUAUUGUGAAUCCCGUGGAGCAGAGCAUUUUUGUAACGCUGGAAAACAUAUUCGACAAUAACCCCACCGUAACAUAUGGACCAUCACCAUGUCGAGUUGAGGAACUCCAUUCUAAUUAUCUUACGGAAUGCAUUUUCUCUGUGUAUGACCCUGACGGUAUGGAUCGUAACAAUAUUCACAUUGAGGUGGCAACUGACUUAAGUCUGCAACCUUUGUUCACAUUCAUAGAGUUUGGUGAAACUACAACCUAUGAAAAACACUACAAAUUAAAAAUUUUACAAGAUUUACACUAUGAAGAGAAGGCCUUAUACAAUUUGGAUGUAAAAGUUUAUGAUGCCAAUAACAACACCGGAGAUAUAUUUGCAAUACUUGAAGUUAUUGAUCUGCCAAAUAGAGAUCCAAUUUGGGUGAAACCUUUAACAACUGCAACAUUUGAUGAAAAGUCGGAGCAGAUUUUUACCUUGAAGGCCAUCGAUGGUGAUACUGGAAUUAACAAACCCAUUUGUUAUCGUUUGGAAUUUGAAGAAGACUAUUCUAACAUUGUUUCCAUUAAUGUUACGUCCGGAAUUUUACAUGUUAGACCAAUUGAUCGUGAUGUUUUGAAUCAACAGAUAUUUAGUUUUUAUACGUGUGCCUAUAAAUGCGACAAUGCAACAUGGGUCAUUUGCAAUUCCACAAUAUUAAUUGUCCAGGAUAUAAACGAUCAUAGACCAGAAAUAACACUGCAACCGCAGACUGUACAAAUAUUGGAGGGGAAAUACCUAACAUUGCCUUUGGAAAAAUUUUUUAUAGAGGAUAUGGAUUUGGGUACCAAUGCUUCCUAUAAUAUCUACUUCUUGAACGAUAACGGGACAAUUCAACACUCCAACGCCUUUGCAAUGAUACCGAAUAGUGGCUACCAAACUGAUUUUUCUCUAUCCGUAACACAGGCAGAUAAAUUGGAUUAUGAAAACGUAGACUGGAGAUCAUUUCAACUAAAGAUAUUAGCAAAAGAGGUGGAAAAUCCAGAUCACACGGACGAAAUAUCUCUUCGCAUUGAAUUACUAAAUUGGAACGAUGAAUGGCCAAUAUUUCAGUCGGAUGCAUUUGAAAUUGAGUUAUAUGAAAAUGUUGCUAAUGGUACAAAUAUAAUGCAAAUUCAGGCAACAGAUCGGGAUGUAAACGAUGAAGUUGUACAUUCAUUGGUUGGCAACAUUGAAGGCAUUGUCAUCGAUCCUCAUACUGGUUGGAUAACAAUAAAUAAGAGUAACGUCUUUGACUAUGAACGUCAAUCAUUGAUGAUUUUACAGAUUCAAGCCAAAGAUACUUUGAUAACAGCCUUUGAGAAAAGUCUUCAUACUUCCUAUACUCAGCUGCAAAUUAAAAUUUUAGAUGUUAAUGAUGAAACUCCCGAAUUAAGAAUGCCACGACUUAUAAUAAAUGUUACGGAAAAUUCUCGACCUCUUAAAUUAAUUACGGAUAAAAUCGAAGCAAGAGAUCCAGAUACUACGGCAAAUUUACAAUUUGAUAUUCUUUGGUCUAUGUCGUAUGCCACAAAAGGUGGCCAAGAGGUUGCGAGUUCACUUUUUAGUGAAUGUUUUAUUAUCGAAGGAGUAGAGGUGACUCCGAAUUUGGUAUAUGGUCACUUGAAAAUCAAUCCCGAAUUUCCACAGGAAGUAGACUAUGAAAAAUAUGACACAAUAUUUGUAACCAUUCGUGUUAGAGAUAUGCAUCAGGAGUUUGGUGAGAAUUCUUCAACAGCUGUUUUGACAAUACGAGUGGAUGAUCUUAACGACAAUCCACCUCAGUUUGCAAUAGGAACCUUGGAUGAACGACGCUAUGUAACAGAAAUGGGGGAUAUUAUGAACACAGUUGGAACCAUUGAAGCCUUUGAUAUCGAUGGUCCAGGAAAUAAUGAAAUAACAUUUGCUUUGAGGCCCAUAGGAAAUCUCACCUUGCUAGGGCUUAUCAGCAUAAAUGAGACAACGGGUUUACUACGAAUUGCCGGAAUAAUACAAUGUGAUGUUCCGAAAAUAUAUCACUUGGAAUAUGAAGUAAUAAUCUCGGAUACGGUGCAUACAACAACGGGAAGGUUUAAUAUUUCCAUAAUAGAUAUCAAUAAUCAGGUACCCCAAAUAGAUAUUUUCGAACAACAAGUGUCGAUUUGGGAAAAUGCAACUACCGGCCAAUAUGUGGGACAAAUAAAGGCUUACGACAAUGAUCGAGACAUUCCACACAAUACUUUGGAAUAUGCCAUUAACAGUGCCUUUACAAAUUUGCAUAAUCUUUUUCAAAUAAAUAUUACGACCGGAGAAGUAUAUGUCAAUUUGCGCAAUGGCUACAUUUUGGAUCGUGACAUUGGAACUACAUAUCAUUAUGUGCCCAUUGAUAUUAAGGAUAAUUUUAAUUUCUUAAAUGCUGUCAAUGGACCUGUUAAUCAACGAUCCACAUUUCUCAAUGUUACUCUGUUGGAUAUCAAUGAUAAUGCCCCAGUAAUGCCAGAUCCAAAGCAAAUAAUUUUCGAAUUCUCUGAAGCUGAUGAUGAGAAUACAUUAUCUAAAGUAGAUUUCAUUGCUUUGGAUAGAGAUGAGGAAAAUACAAGAAAUUCUGAAUUGUUCUACCGAAUACUAUCAAUCAAAACAGUUAUGGAAAACAAUCCGAAUUUAUCAUCUUUUGAAGAACUUUUUACCAUGUCCACUGUAAACAAUCGUAUUGGAAAAUUAAGAUGUGGAAAGGCUCUCAAAGGUUUUUAUGGAAUUUGGAGUCUGGAAAUCGAAGCAUCGGACAAUGGUUUACCGAAAUUGAAAAACGUGGCAACGUAUAAAGUCAAUGUAAAACCAUAUAAUUUUCAUAUUCCGGUUAUACAAUAUCCCAUUCAACAAAAAUCGAUAAGAGUGUGUUAUUCCCUUCAAGAACCAUUACGUCCACUUUACGAAGCAGAUUGCAGCACACGUUUGAAGCAAUUUCAAGUCUAUGAUCCCGAUGGUGGAGAAUAUGGUGAUGUGCAUUUUGAAAUCAGCAGUGAUGUUGGCCAUGAUCAAUACUUUCAUCUAUCAAAGGAAUCCCGUAAUUCUUACAGUCUCUAUGUGAAAAAUGUAAUGGCAGCUGGAAUAUACUUGGUAAACUUAAGGGCAAUUGAUGGUGGUGGUAGUACAUCAGCUAUACUGAAAAAUCUAAAAAUUGUGUUCGUUGACAUGUUAGGCAAUCCCAUGUUUCUUCAAACUACUUUUGAUACAAGUUUCACCGAAAAUUCCACCGGUUUGCUGGAAGAACGUUACAUACCCGAAGCUCAUGAUCCAAAAAAUGAGGGCUUGGAUGAUUCUGAGGAAUUGUAUCGGUUAUAUUAUUUUGUUGAUGAAACUUUUUACAACGAAAGUGCUCAAUUGUUUGAUUUGAAUCCUCUAACAAGGCAACUGAAAUUAAAAACGUCCUUAGAUCGAGAGGUGACAGAUGAACUUAAAAUACUCAUAAAAGUGACAAACAAUGAGAAUGGUUUGAUAAGCAAUCCGAAUAGUAUUAAUUAUACACUGGAGGUUACUGUCCAUGUCAUCGAUGUCAAUGACAAUGCUCCAAAGUUUCCACAGAGACUCUAUGCAGGCGGUUUAACAUCCAAAGAUUCAAUGGGAAAGACAAUUUUGCAUUUAAAGGCAGAUGAUCCCGAUUUAGAAGAUAGAAUAACUUAUGAAAUUGAUCCCGCCUCAUACGAAAACCAUUUGACGAAUGUUGUUAAAAAUUUAACAGAUUUGUUAACCUUAGACCCGGAAACCGGAGAGAUUAGCCUUAUAUCUUAUGUACCAACUAACAUGGAAGGUUAUAUGAUGUUUAAUGUAAUUGCCACAGAUUUAAUGGAUCAUCGCGAUAUUACAGCAGUGAAAAUGUUCAUUGUCUCCGAGAGUAAUCGUGUUAAAUUUGUCUUCCUCACAGACAUUCAAGUGAUACGGAGACAGGAGAAAUUUCUCCGAGAUGAAUUACAAAAUUUAUAUGGCUAUGAUAUUUGUAAUAUCGAUUCCAUUGAGGAUGUUACCAAUGCCCGAUCACAAAAUGCACGACAAUCAAGCAAUGCCACCGGGGGAUUUAUAACUGAAGUAAAAGCCCACUUUAUACAUAACAAUGAAGCUGUCGAUGCUUAUGAAAUAAAAAAGAAAUCCAACGAUUUGGCAUUCAUAUCACGACUACAAAAUACCCUACAAACUUACAAUCUAAUACUGAACGAUAUACCUCACCUGGAAGCUGAAAAAGAUUCACCGCUUGUUAGUAAUUGGUUAAUCACGGGACUAGUUGGUCUAUCUACCACACUUGGUCUAAUUUCCCUAACAAUGGUUAUACUUUACAUUGUUAAAAUUCGUAGCUUGAAGAGACAACUAAAGGCAUUUGAGCCCGUAGAAUUCGGUUCAAUUGCAUCGAAUCUAAAUCGAAUUGCUGGACCAACGGCUAAUAUAUUUUCGGUGCAGGGAUCUAAUCCCAUUUUUCAAAAGCAAACAAAUGAAACUAUUGUUCCGAGGGGUGUCUACGAUAAUGAAUUAAGCUCUGAUUCCGACUCGGAUGAUGAUGACGAUGAAUUUGAGGGCCUUCACGAUGAUCCUCUAUUCGAAAUGAAUAAUAUGAAAAAUAUUGAACCGAAGAUUACACCAAAUUUUGAACAUAAAAUUCUUAACAACGAUUUUUUUACGGUGGAUAAAAUGUCCAACAAAGAAACGAAUACAUCUAAACGUUAUUAACUUUAUUACACCAUAAAAAAUCAUAUACAAAAUUUAUAUAUAUACAGUUAUACAAAAUUGUCAGUUACAUUAUAAAAUUACAU